GCUCCGCCACACACACACACAUACACACAGCAGCGCAGCAGCAGCCCAGCAGACAUGUCGGGGAGUCAGGAAGCCGGGGCCGGGGCCUCGGGCAGCAGCAGCCCGGCCAGCAGGGUGUCCAGGCCCGCCGUGGGCAACAGGGUGACCGUGGUGCUCGGAGCCCAGUGGGGCGACGAGGGCAAGGGCAAGGUGGUGGACCUGCUGGCGCAGGACGCGGACAUCGUGUGCAGGUGUCAGGGCGGGAACAAUGCAGGACACACGGUGGUGGUGGACUCAGUGGAGUACGACUUUCACCUCCUACCCAGCGGCAUCAUCAACCCCAAGGUCACCGCCUUCAUCGGGAAUGGUGUCGUGAUCCAUCUUCCAGGCAUGUUUGAAGAAGCUGAGAAAAAUAAACUCAAGGGAAAGAGCCUAAAGGACUGGGAGAAAAGGUUGAUCAUCUCAGACAGGGCACACAUUGUGUUUGACUUCCACCAAGCAGUGGAUGGCGUUCAAGAACAGCAGAGGCAAGAGCAAGCAGGCAAGAACCUCGGGACGACGAAAAAGGGGAUUGGUCCGGUCUACUCAGCCAAGGCGGCCCGUAACGGUCUCAGGAUAUGUGACUUGCUGGCCGACUUCACCCAGUUCUCGGAAAGGUAUAAAGGUCUCGCCCACCACUACAAGUCCAUGUACCCAACGCUGGAGAUUGAUAUCGAGGGAGAGCUGAUCAAAUUAAAGGACUACGUGGAGCGACUUAAACCCAUGGUGAGGGAUGGUGUGCACUACAUGUACGAAGCUCUUCAUGGUCCCUCAAAGAAGAUCCUGGUAGAAGGAGCCAACGCUGCGUUACUGGACAUAGACUUCGGCACGUAUCCGUUCGUGACGUCGUCCAACUGCACCGUGGGCGGAGUGUGCACCGGCCUCGGCAUGCCUCCUCAGAACGUCGGCGAGGUUUACGGGGUGGUUAAAGCGUACACGACCCGAGUGGGCAUCGGGGCUUUCCCCUCAGAGCAGAGCAACGACAUUGGAGAGCUGCUUCAGACUCGAGGAAAGGAGGUUGGCGUGACAACAGGCAGGAAACGUCGAUGUGGUUGGCUGGAUCUGGUGCUCAUCAAAUAUGCACACAUGAUUAAUGGCUUCACUGCUCUAGCGCUCACCAAGCUUGACAUACUUGACGUGUUCCCUGAGAUUAAAGUGGGUGUAGGGUACAAAGUAGAAAACCAAAUCAUACCUCACUUUCCAGCCAACCAGGAGGUGUUGCAGCGCAUUGAGGUUCAGUAUGAGACGCUGCCCGGCUGGAACAGCGACACCUCGGCAGCUAGAACCUUUGAGGAACUGCCCGAGAACGCCCAGAAAUACGUCCGCUUCGUAGAGGAGCACCUGGGAGUGCCUGUUAAAUGGAUCGGAGUGGGAAAGUCUCGGGAAUCCAUGAUCCAGCUGUUCUAGAGGAUGGAAGAGAGCCGCGAGUGAAGACGAUGCACAGCAGCAAAUCCACUGUACCUUCCUCCCCAGACCCCCACACACAGCCAACCUACCUGUCUCAACUCUCCGACAGAGACUCGGCUGCAUCUGUUCGUAAAGUUUCAUGUUACACACCGAGCCGCCCUCAGCUUCCAUCAGACUGACCACUGUGUUUGAAGCAUAUUCAACGUCUCCAUCUGGAUUUUUAACAGUUUUAAACUCAUGGAAAACAGCAUCCCUUUUUCACUUGUUUUAUUGUUGUAGCCAUUUAUUUCAGAGACUCAAACAGCCGACAACACCAGCUGCCAUCAGGUGUGAGAGAACGUGGAGAAACACAGCGAUGCAGAUAAGGACUCUGUCAGCAGGACCUGCCUGCAGGUGUUUGAUCAAGCUCUGUUUUAGUGUACUUUUGUUGAUUUUAUGCUGUGAUUGAAAUGCGCUGUCAGUUUUUAACCUCAGCACUUUAAAUGCUUUGGACUAUAUCUGCUUUAUGUUUUAUUCUGCCAGGUGUGCACCACAUCCUGACAUGAUAAAGGGAUCCGUUCAUUUUUAAGUGUCUUCUUGUGUUUUCGCUGUUUGUCAGAUGUUCGCAAUUAUUUCGCCUUGUCGUUCAACCAGAAAACAAAAAAAAAAAGAAAGAAAAGAAAAUCAGGUUUUGAUUAUCAUGUAGCUGGUAAACGCUUCCACUGAAUUCUAAUUAUGUUUAAAAGUUUAAUCAUAGCAAGUGAGUUUUCCCAUUUUCCCAGUACAGAGAAUCCAGUAUAACAACUCAGUUUCCAGCUGAAAAGCAGUUUACUAGGCUGGCACAUUUUUACAGUUUAUGGGAUUAUUUCUAUUAUGUCACUUUUGGUUUCUUUGCACUUGCAGCAUCAUGUUCUGUUGAUGUGGGAGAACAGUAACGGUAGCUCAUGAAAUGAUUAAUAUUAUUUAAUGUUUGAUCAUUACUUUUGCAAUGACAUGCAUCUUUGAUCCCUUGAAAACCCAUCAUCCUUCAACCCGACUAUUCUUAUCAAGGAUCCCGCGCAUCUGCUGCAUCUUAUCCCAGUUCAUGGACCAUUGCAGGGCCAAGACAUAUCUUGUCUUAAACUAAAUUUUGCCACUGUUACAUCCAAGCGUAGGAGUAGUGUGUUACAAUUUUAGUAAUCAGAUUCUACAUUUAUGUUCUGUCAGAAGAAAAGUUGGACGUGAGAGUUCAACUACUUAAAAGCUUAAUUGAAGAGCGAUAAGACCUCAAAACAUGCAAAGCAUACAUCUUCUGUGUAAGUAGUGAACAAAUAAGACAACCAGAAUGUUGCAUAGAUCCUAGAGGCAGCUUUACUGCGAAAACAUGCAGAAGACAGAGCUGCAAAGUUAUCCAUCUUGAAAUCUGACGUCAGGAUGGGGAUUCUCAUUAAAUACUAAACCUGUAGAUUAAAUUUUGCACGACCCAAGUAGAGCCUUCUGAUGUUGUAAUGUUACCGGAGGACAAAAAGGUGUUUAAUGCUGCACUUGCUUAUUUUUAUAUUGUUCACAGAUCGUUGCAACACACUGACCGCUGAUUGUGGCCUUUAAAGUGAACCUUCUCUUCUUCACGAAGUUCACGGAUAAUAAUUUAUGGAAAUGUGUGUUUAGACAGUUACUGAUGAAUUUAAUGCAUCUUAUCAGACAAGUGCACAAAUCCUGAAGAAGAAAAAUAGUAUCAUGUUACAUGAGAGUGGCUCCUCUUCUACACUGCAGCAGACAGCCGUGUGACAAAAGAAACAAUCUGCUUCAACUUCAAGGUUAAAUAUCUAAUGUUGCCUAAAAGAAAUCAUCAACUCCUUACUAGGUCUGAAAAGUAUGUAACCUUAGAUGAUAAAUAACACAUGACAUUACACUGUGUCAUUAUUCAUUUAGCAAAUUAAUCUAAAAUGAGAAUCAGUGCAUGAGCUUAUCUUAACACUGUAUUGGUACCGGCUGCACAUUUUUCAUGACCUGACCAGUUUUCCUGGCCGAGUGCACUUG